AUGCGGCGCGCAAAAACACUCAAGCUUCAAAUAACUCCCGUUCCGCGGCAGUCUGUGGAGACCAUAAAGCAGAUCCUGCGCCGGGACGGCCCGCUGGUCGUUCCCGGAGUGUACGAUGCCAUGGGCGCAAAAAUAGUGCAGAAGGUGGGGUUUGAUGCAAUGUUCCAGACCGGCUAUGGGACGUCCGCCACCCUCUUUGGAAUGCCCGACUAUGGGUUCAUAGGUGCCGCCGAGACCACAGAGAACGCGAGAAGAAUCUGCAAGGCCGUCUCGCUUCCGGUUAUAGUGGAUGCGGAUACCGGGUACGGAAACGCGCUCAGCGUAUGGAAGCUGGUAAGGGAUCUCGAGUCCGCAGGGGCAUCGGGCAUAUUUCUUGAGGAUCAGCGCUGGCCCAAGCGCUGCGGACACAUGAAUGGAAAGGAGGUGAUCCCACAGGCAGAAUAUGCAGAGAAGCUCCAGGCUGCAGUUGACGCGCGGGACAGCGAGGACUUUGUAAUUGUGGCCAGAACCGAUGCAAGGGCAACUGAGGGCAUAGAUGCCGCCAUAGAGCGAGGCAGGCAGAACAGGAAGAUUGGCGCAGACGUGAUCUUCAUCGAGGCUCCAAGAUCCAUAGACGAGAUGAAACAGAUUGGACGGGAGAUCAAGGCCCCUCUGGUUGCAAACAUGAUCGAGGGAGGGGCGACGCCCAUCAGCUCUGCAGAAGAUCUCUACAGUAUGGGAUUUAAGAUAAUUCUGUAUCCGCUGUCGGUCCUGUUUGCAAGCUCGUACGCCGCCAUGGGCGUUCUAAGGGAGCUCCGGCUGUCUGGAACCACCAAGAAGCUGGAGGGGAACAUGGUGGACUUUGAGCAGUUCAACGAUCUGGUGGAUCUCUCCCAGUUCAGAGAGCUGGAAGAGAGGUACGGCUCGGUCUAG